UAAAGGAAGAGAGUAUUAGUGAGCAAAAUUAUUACUCCAUUCUACAGUUUAUCAUAUACAUACCAACAAGCUAAAUGGCUAAUAUGGCCAUGAAGUCCGCUAGCUUCUUUGCACUAAUUGUCUUUGCGGUGUUCGUCUUCAGCGGCAUUACUACUCCUGUGGAAGGAUUGUGUAGCAGGUCAAGCCAGACAUGGUCAUGGACAUGCCUGAAAUCUAGUUCUUGCAAUAACCAGUGCAAGACUUGGGAGAGAGCAUUGGGAGGAGCUUGUGAUAGUGGUGCGUGUAAAUGUACCUACAAAAAAUGCAGUGCACCAAGACUAUGUGAAAAGCGUAGCAAAUCUUGGAAAGGAGGUUGUAAAACAAAGACUAAGGAGUGCGAUAAACACUGCAAGACCAAAGAGAAUGCUUGGCAUGGGGCUUGUCACUCUAGUGGUUUUCUCAGUACCAAGUGUUACUGCUACUUCAAAAGUUGUUGAUCGAUGAAUCAUCACCAACUGAUCAUCGUUGACGAAGGAUAUGUAUUAAUCCCCUAAAUAAAGCCGUAGUUAAGAAUACGUGCAUAAUUAUUAUGUUAUCUGCUUAAUAAUUUGUUUUGUGGCAGUGUGGAACGGAUCGGUUAAUGAUCUCAGGAACUGUAUCAUGUUCAUGUUUGCGUAUUAUUGUUUGUGUCUGUGAGGUUAUAUGCAAUAAUAUUGUCUGCUUUUAAUACU